GCAAAGGAAGACCCACCAUCCUCGCACACCUUCUCCAGGUUCCGAUAGGGCGACUUUCUCCCCUGGACCAUCGCUCUCACCCCCUCAAAGACGGCGGGAUCACCAUUACGAUUAUUCCCCUACGCAUCGCUAUUACAGAUCCCCAAGGCGAUCCAUUACACCGCCUCGCUAUCACCGCACAUACUACUCGAGAUCUCCGUAUCAUUACUCAUACCGCUCACGAUCCCCGCGAUCUCCUCCUCGCUCCCAUUACUAUCGCCACAGGAGCGUCGCUUCUUACUCUCCGCAAUAUUCACACCGUGGUUCUCGCCAUCGUAUGCACACCUCGCCUCAUUCUGAUCGUUCACGUUCAGUCACAAGGUGCUCACCCUUGUCCCCAGACCAGCAACAAUUAUAUUCGCCACGGCUGACUACCCAGGACUCUAUUCCGCUGGCUCAACGCCCACCAACGCCUACCGGGGAUGCGUCAACAACCUCUGCCCCGCAUGACGAUACCACUCAGUCGCCGGUGGCAGAGCACCAGCCCGUAGCCUCUCCGACAGAUGCCGCUUCCUCUUCCCCGGAUGAUGCGGUGUUUAACAACGAACCUCCUCUUGCGGAUGACUACAAGCAAUUUCAUGAACUUUUCAAACGGGUAGCACAUUCACAAAACUUACGUACCUCUGGGGCACCACCAAAACACCAUGCCCUCCUUAGAAACUUACAGCAGUCCAACAAGUCAAAACUAGCUCUCCCUUUCGAUGCCGCUAUCCUGGAAGUAGCUAAUGACAUCUGGCAAACCCCGGCAUCUAUACCCCCUACCAAUAAACGCACGGACAGGAAAUACUUUAUUGAUGCCAAAGACGCAGAAUUUCUUUUUACUCACCCCGUACCAAAUUCCAUCGUUGUCGACGCAGCCCAACAAAAGGCAAGGUCCGCACAAGAGAGAAAUUCCGCCGCGGACAAAGAAGCCAAGCGUCUGGACUUGCUCGGCAGAAAGGUAUAUUCGUCGGCAACAGCCACAUUAAGGAUGACAAACUACUCCGCCCAUCUUGCCAACCAUGACUUCGAUAACUACUCGAAGUUGGUGCCGUUGAUACAACAUCUUCCACAUUCCAAAAGGGACGUACUGAAAUCCAUUGUGCAGGAGGGUUACACAGUGGCCCGUAAUGCACUCCAGAUAUCUCUGGAUAUUGCCGACUCAGCUUCCUGCACUACGGCGACAUCAAUCAUCAUGCGACGUGACUCUUGGCUCCACCUGGCUUCUGUGCCAAAAGAUCUACAGCCUAAGGUGGAAGACCUUCCAUUCGACCGAGCAUCCCUGUUUGCCCAAAACACGGACCAAGAAGCAGCAGUCAUGUAG